GCGUGGUGCUGUCAGUUGCUCUGCUGACUGCGGGUGAGGAUGUUGCUCUCCAAGACAGUGUUAGUGGUUUUGUGCACACAGUUUCUUUUACUCAACGGACAUCGUGUAAAGUCUAGUGGUAGUAAUGUGGGUCAACCUUUAAUUUUGACUCCAUUGUUGGAUGCUGGAAACGUGCCAGAAGCCCAGAGGAGGGCUAGAGUGACUCCGGAUAUUGCGAACAUCACAAGUUACUCCGGAUACUUCACCGUCAACAAGGAUUGCGAGUCGAAUAUUUUCUUCUGGUUCUUCCCAGCCCAAGAAAACCAAGAGAGUGCUCCUGUUUUGCUUUUCCUCCAAGGUGGUCCAGGAGCGUCUUCUAUCUACAGUUUGUUUGAGGAAAAUGGGCCGCUGACCUAUAAGGAGACGUUGGGACGAAGGCAGUAUUCCUGGAAUGUCAAAAACAACCUUCUCUUCAUUGAUCAGCCAGUGGGAACAGGUUACAGCUUCACCAGGAAAGGAUGUUACGUUGAAAAUGAAACUGUGCUCGGUGAGCAAUUGUACUCUGCAAUGGUCCAGUUCUACCAACUGUUCCCUAAAUUAAGAAGUAAUAAGUUCUUCAUCUCUGGAUACUCCUAUGCAGGUCACUUUAUCCCUGCUUUAGGAUAUACGAUACACAAAAACAAUCCUACAGCUCAGGUGAAGAUCAAUUUGAGUGGGAUGAUGAUCGGGAACGGUUGGAUGGACGCUAUCUACCAAAACGACCUAGGCAGUUACCUUUACCAGUUGGGACUGGUGGAUACCACAGGGAGAGACGUUUACUACGACUAUCAGAGAAGAUUCCAGGAACACAUGAAGAACAAAGAGUAUGAAAAGGCAAUUCAAAUCCGAUCUGCCGAGGUCAGCGAUGUGUACUUGCAAUACGUUGGAAAUGUCAGUAUCUUAAACUAUCUUCAAGAUAUCGUUAUAUUCCCCACACCUUAUGAACAGUUCAUUCAAAGACCGGACAUCCGUAGAGCAAUUCACGUGGGAAACACAAACUUUUCAUUUGAAAACAGUGUAGUGGCCGAUAAGAUGGGUGUGGACCCUGUUCUGUCGGUCAAACCUUGGGUCGAAGAACUUUUAGAGUCCUACCCCAUAGUGUUCUACACGGGACAACUGGAUGUCGUCUGUGCUUACCCGACCGUCGAGAACUUCGAGAACAAUCUGAACUGGAGUGGAGAGGCCCGCUUCAAGAAUUCGACCAGACAGAAGUGGUGCGUCAAUGGAAGACAGGUUGGCUACCUAAAAGGUGAACAUAACUUGUACGAUGUGUUGAUACGCAACGCUGGCCAUUCUGUACCGUUUGACCAGCCCGAGUGGGCCUUCCUUCUCGUCAACUCCGUCACAUCCGGCUCUGCUAAUGAUCCAUUCCAUGCUUUGGAUAGGUGUUAAUACAAGUAAAUUGUCAACACAUCUACAUUUUUUUUAUUCUUGUUUAAAUAAACUAUAGGUUUGUUUUUGUUAAAA